GUGUUUGGAAGAAACGUACCUGUUGUUUGGAAUCCCUACCGUUCUUGCGCCUAGAAAACAUCCAAGAAAUAUCGUUAGGUGCUCUGUUUUACAAAGCAAACUGAGAGGCUAGAGGCAUAAAAGUAGCAAUGGGUGACAUCGGUGAUUACUAUGGGAGUGGGAGACUGGGUUUUGACAGUGGCAGACCGGAUUUUGACAAUGGCGGACGAGAUUUAGACAGUGGCGAACAAUAUUUUGACAAUGGCGGACUGCGUUUCAACAAUGGCGGACGAGAGUUUGGUAAUGGCGGCCAAGAAUUUGACAAUGGCGGACAGGGUUUUGACAGUGGCGGGCAGGGUUUUGACAGUGCCGGACGAGGUUUUGACAGUGGUGGACGAGGUUUUGACAGUGGUGGACAGGGUUACGACAGUGGCGGACGUGGUUUUGACAGUAGCGGACGUGGUUUUGACAGAGGCGGACAGGCUUUUGAGAGUGUUUGGCGGGAUUUUGACGGUGGCAAACGGGGUUACGACGGAGGCGGACCGGGUUACGACAGUGGCGGAAGGGGUUACAACAGUGGCGGACGCAAUUUUGACAGUGACGAGGGGUUCGUCAACCCAAGCAGCCGAACAACACCUGUCAACCUACACCCUGCCUACAACAACAGAACGCAAACCAACACAGUCGGACGUGACGUUAUAUUUUUGUGCAUGUUUACCGGCUUAUUGUUGUUGAUUCCCGGGUUUCUACUGACCAUCCUUGGCCACAGGCAUGGCUAUAACGGCCUGUGGGCUGCCGGGCCCGUGUGCUUGUGCCUGAGUCUCCUAUUCUUCAGCAGGGGAAGUUUCUGUCUGUGCAAACAACCAAAAAAAGCUACAUAUGAGACUGAACUGUGGACAAUGCAGACGGCAACACCAAGAGGCCCCCUGUCGGAUGAACAUGGUACUGCACACACCGACAUGAUGUAUCCGACACCAGUUAUUGAACCACCGACAGAGCCUACAGCGCAAGCGAUGGUCGAAGAGAGAUCACCGAUUCCCAAACAACAGUACCGGCAAUACCCUCCAUAUCCCUAAAGUUCGACAACAGUGUAUACAACCUGUGAAGUGGGGACACUUCCCUGCAAACGGUUGCCCUAGAACAUCCACCCCUACUUCUACCAACGAAACAACAUGAGAACACGUACAGAUUGGCAAGCCCCACGUCCGGGACUGUAGCCAGAUCUAUUAACUGAUUAACUGAAGCGUGCAAUGCACGACUAAGCCUUGCGGGGCUGAACCAAUGUGUGUACCUGUAUCUCUGUGUGUGAGUGGGUAUGUGUUUUAUGUGUUUGUGUAUGUGUGUGUGUGUGUGUGUG